AUGCCGGCAGGAGCUAGUUACGAAUCAAACCCAGAAGCUCAAGCCAAAUACUUGUACCGCCAGAGCAGAGAGGCUUCGUUGGGCGUGGAGCCCGGCCACUCCCUUCUCACGCCACAUCAUCGGUUCCCCGAGCAAACAUACGUCGUGGAGCGGCUGGACCAGAUCGGAGACGGGGCGACCCUGCAGGUCCAGGCGCCCAAGAAGAGGAUAUUCAUCUCCGUCCCGCCGCACAUCAAAGACAAGGCGGUGGUAUGGUAUCCCGGGGCCACUGUCGCCCAGAUCGAACGCUCCAUCGCCCGAGCCGCCGGCCUGCCGGACAACGCGGCGAUUGAGCUGAGAGAUGGCGAUGAUGUGGUGGUUCUCUCGCCGACAAUACCCAACGAUAUCCACCUGUGGGUGGUGAACACCGUGCUGCGGCCUAGCCCUGCCACCGCUCCGCGCGAGCGGCCUCAAGCCACUGGAAGCCGCGUGCUGAAUUCGAGCCGCGGUCAGAUGAGCUCCGUCUCUUCUGUGGCCUCCACGGAGCGCCAAAUUGGAUGCCGCUGUGCUGCUGUGCAUGGGCAAUUAGAAUAA